AUGUCUUUCUCCCCAACAUUUCCACAGGAAGUGUUGCGGAAAGUCCAGAGUAUCCUGAACAAGCUGACUCCUCAGAAGUUCCAGACUCUGUGUCAGCAGGUCCUGGAUCUGGACAUCGUGACGGAGGAUGGACUGAGAGGACUGACCCACCUGGUAGUGGACAACAUGAUCACGUCCUUCUCUCCCACCGGCCCCAACUACGCAGAGGUGUACGCUAACCUCUGCAGGUGCCUCAUUCAUCUGAAGGCACCCAGUAAGGACCGCCCGCGGGAGAUGAUCAACUUCCGUAGGGUCCUGCUGGGCAGGUGUCAGGGGGAGUUCGACAGGAUCAGCAGCCCAGGACAGAACAUCAGCAGACUGGUGCAACUCAUGGAGGUGGUGCCGGAAGAGGAGAAGCCAAAGCUACAGCUGGAAGUCCUGAUGGCCAAACGACGCGCCCUGGCUGCCGUCAGUCUCAUCGGAGAGCUCUUCAAGCUGAAGCUGCUGUCUGCAAACCUCAUGCACAGCUGUGUGCAGAGGCUCCUCAAGACAUGCUCUGAGGAGAGUCUUGAGUGUCUGUGUCUUCUACUGACUACCAUGGGCAAGGAACUGGACCUAGAACAGUCGAAGGCAAAAAUGGAUCAGUAUUUUGAAACAAUGCAGCAGAUUAUAAACCAGAAGAGGGCCUCUACUCGCAUGUGCUUCCUUCUGAGGGACCUCAUGGAACUAAGAGUGAACGACUGGGAGCCCAGGAGACCCAGGAAUGCUCCCAAGACUCUGGAGCAGAUCCACCGAGAGGCGGAGCGGGAGGCACAACAGCUGCAGCAGAGACUGGGACAGCAGCCUAGACAACGUAGGAGACAGUGGGAGAGAGGCAGGGGCUGGCGGCGCGGUGCCAGGAGGGGGAGGGGCGUGCGGUUGUUCCAACAGCUGAGAGAGCUCUCCAUGAACGUGCACCUGCCUGCAGAUAGGAGUGUGGACGCAGGCAUAACUAGUAACAGUCUACAGGACCAGGCAUCAGGCUGGCAGCAGAGUGGGUCGGAGUCGUGGGAUGCAGUGUGGGACUUGCUGGAUACACCCACGUCUGACCCAACCACACCCAUGUCCGACCCAGCCACACCCAUGUCCGACCCAGCCACACCACAUAGCCAGCACACAACAGAUCAACGUGAACCGCCUGAUGACACUGCUUCGUCUACUGCCAAACCCAUGGAAGACAAAGCAGAAGCUGCUGCUGAGUACAGAUGUAAACCUGAGAGCAGGCGGCUUCCCAUGCUGCAGAUAGCAGCUUUCCUGGACAUCCUGGUGAAGGAAGAUGUGCAAAACGAACAUAUCAUCGGCUGGAUCGAGGACAAUAUUGAUGAGGCCAGAAGAAAAGAGCCAGCGUUCAUCCGUACCUUGAUGACAGCUGUUUGUAAAAGUGCAAUCAGAGGUGAAGGUUCCAGACUGAGGUACGACACCCAGGCUAUCCAGAAGAGAGUGGUUCUGUUGCAGAAGUACCUGGACAACGAGAGCAGCAGAGAGCUGCAGGCGCUCUUCGCACUACAGGCACUCAUGGUGCAACUGGACCAGCCGCCAAAUCUCCUAAGGAUGUUCUUCGACACACUUUACGACGAGGAUGUAAUAUCGGAGGACGCCUUCUAUGCAUGGGAGUCAAACACAGACCCAUCAGAGCAGGAAGGGAAGUCUGUGGCACUAAAAUCCAUAACUGCCUUCAUGAGUUGGUUAAGGGAAGCAGAGGAGGAAGAGAUACAUUGUAGCUGAACCUAUUUUACCCCUGUUUACACUUUAGUCGUACUUGGAAAGUUGUUAUCAUCAUGUAGUGAUGUAACGUUAAGCAUCCAAAGCACCCAUGAAGUAAGAUGUUCUCGAAAGAAGUCUUGCCAGCCAAACAUAGCUUAACCAAGUAAGGUAAUGAUAAUAACAACAGGUUAUAUAAAUAUAUCCUUUCUUUCAUCUGCAUUUGUUUGUAUGUGCGUUAGCUGCUUUGUGUACAUGUGACUGUAAUUGGUAUGCUUUGCGAUUUGUAAAGUGUUGAUAUUUGUCAUUUGAUUCCAGUGGCAGUUAGGUCUUACUCUAUAUUCAACAAAUGGUUGAUUUUCGUGACGGAUCUGAAUAGAUAAGUAGAUGUAGGAAUAUGCUAAGAAUUCCCUAGUAUUGCGAGACGUGAUUCGGAUUUUGCCUUGUGAAAAUUGACACUUUAGAAAUAAACUUCUCUAAUUGGCUUACUAUCAGAGUAUCAGGUAGGCAUCGCUAGUACAAUGUAACUAGUUAUCGUUGAUUUUCUGACAAUUUCCGAUCUGGACGCAAACAUGUCUUCAACAAAUUUAACAAUUUCUUUAACAUUGCGAAAUGGGAGGGGGGUCGUAUAACGUUGAAUGGUUUGCAGUGAUUUUGUUUUGAAAGGUUUUCAAAUAAAGGCUUUAACUUCUGACUGUUUCAGUAGCAUAUGUAAUGUCACCAAUGUCUGGGUGAAAUGUUGAUACAUGUAUCUACAGGAAAGUUGCGAUGUACUCUUAUUAGAAGGCUUUUUAACUCUCUU